AUGAAGGAGGAUAUGGAUGUCGAGGGAGCUCCGCGUCCGCCUCCCUCCGAACAAGUAGAAAAAAACGCGCCUCCCUCUCAACUACCUGCAGAAGAUCAAGUACCUCCUCCUGUCAUCACGACACCGCCAUUGGCUGAUAACGCUGCUGAGUUAGCUCCUCCGGGUCAAGAUCCCAAGCUUGCAACGCCAGUUUACCACCUGUUUCAGCUGAAAGUACCAGGAAAGCCAAGGGCUGAUGCUGGAAAGACUUGGUUUGAACAGGCUCUGUUAAGGCUGGUUCUACAACAUUUCUCGUUUUGGUGCGUUCUUUCAUUCUACUACUAGUAGAGCAAAAAUUUAUGUUGAUCAUGCGAGGACAUAUUUGUUUGAGACUCAUACAUGAAAGGACGAUGCUUGUUGUCUAUGUUGAUAGGCAGUGCUACGAAUUCGUCUAACACCCAACGAGGACAGAGCUUUCCCCGUUUCCAUCCCAGAAGAGAUCAAGGAGGCGCCCAAGCGCAUCCAGACCGAGGACGAACUGCACGAAUUUCAACCACAAAACGUAAAGCUCGAAUGGCGACGCGUCCACUGGUGUGAGCAGAUGUAUGAACAGCAGGAAUGUGAGAAGUAUCAGCAGAAAGUAGAAGAGGCUAAACGCGCAAUCGAUGUCGAAGGAAACAUUCCCUCGCCGAACAACCUAGGAGCGUGGCUUGGUCGUAUCGCUGGAAAACUAGCUAGUGCGGGAGAAGACUUGAAGAGUUUGGCACCAAGAGUACAACAAUGCACACCGUUGGAAAUCUGUAAGAGUGGUCGUGUGAAAGACUUGAUACCGCUGCCAGAACCACCGGAGAAACCGGAGAUGUUAUGGCAAUUUAUUAGUUCAUACAUGUAAAUUGAACCAUGAACCAUCUGAAACGGUGUAGUUACCGGAAAUGUCAUAUAUGACACUACUUUUUACAGUAAAACUUCUUUCAGUUCCUCUUUUUCAGCCAAACUCAAGUAACUAGAUCAAUCUCUAAUCCGCUAUUUUUUCGAAGAGGAUUUCCAGCCACCAGCACCAGGAGAAGCGGACGUCGCUUCAGAUCCAGGCGUGCCUGUGCGUGGCCGCGUCGACUGGAACAAGCAUGAAGUGAUUGCAGCCAUCGGCAAAACGCCGCUUCCGGAUAUACCUGAACCGACCGACAAGGACGUCCCACCAUAUGAGGUCGUGAAAGAACCUGGACACUUUAUCAUAAGAGAAACACCAGUGGAGAAGAUUGAGGCGGUGAAAGAAUUGCAAAACGAAUUUGAUUGGGGUAAGGAAUUUAGAGAUUGGUGGGUUGUGGCACCAAGUAAUGGAAGCAAGGAGGUCGGGAAGGCUCAGUCGUGAACAGAUUGAGCAUUAUACAUAGGUCAAAUAAAUGUACAGAAGAACAUCAGAUGAAUGACUAAAAAUGUACCGUGAUUCUUUCAAAAAAAAUAGCUUGCUUUAGUCAGCAGGUAAUUUGAACUUCAUCCUGGCCGUGAGGGUAAUAAAGCAGUUACAGAU